CUGCAAUGUUUAGUGUUACCGGACGAAGUUUUGAACGAAGCCGUACCCGGUACCAUCCGAACAGCUGAACAUUUCGUGUCUUUCUUGCAUCGUUUCAUACAGUACGUGACACAUCGAAUGAGUACUCGUAACGUCGUCAUCGAAAAUCCAGCUGCAUUCUUGCGUGACAUCUCAUUACGGGUCGCCAUCGAGCGUAAACCAUUGCGCUUCUGUGUCGAGCGGCUUGGCAGCCUGAUGCGUACUCUGGAAUUAGCCGAUACGUCUGACUUUGGCCCGCUGAUCAAACUGGUGAAUUUCGCAACUCUUGUCAGCACCUACGCCAAAGGUUUCUUGUUAUUGAUUGAACCUUACGACAGCAGAAUGCCGACAUUGCAUAAUCCGAUAUUGACCUUCAGUUGUAUGGACGCAUCAAUUGCCAUCCGGCCUGUCUUCCAACGCUUUCAGACGGUCGUCAUUACAUCUGGAACUUUAUCGCCACUUGACAUGUAUCCGAAAGUGCUGGAUUUUGACCCAACAAUAAUGGCUAGUUUUAGCAUGACUCUCGCUCGUCCCUGCAUCCUGCCGUUAAUCACUUCUCGAGGUAAAUAUUCUUUUUAUUUUGUUUUGCGUUUCUUACUCGCGGAGGACCUCGCCGUCGUACGAAACUAUGGUGUUUUAUUGCUGGAACUGAGUAAAGUUGUUCCUGACGGCAUUGUCUGCUUCUUCACCAGUUACGGUUAUAUGGAAAGCACUAUUAGAUGGUGGCAUAGACAGGGCAUUGUGGACCAAAUCAUGAGACACAAGCUGCUUUUCUUUGAAACACAAGAUAUCGUAGAGACGACGUAUGCAUUGGAAAACUACAUUAAAGCUUGCGAAAACGGUCGAGGAGCUGUAAUGAUGUCAGUUGCUCGCGGAAAAAUUUCUGAAGGCGUUGACUUCUCACACCAUUUAGGACGAGCGGUUCUAAUGUUGGGAAUUCCGUACAUCUAUACAGAAAGUCGUAUUCUGCGUGCGCGGCUCGAGUAUCUACGAGACCAGUUCGGAAUAGACGAAAACGACUUCCUCACUUUUGAUGCAAUGAGACAAGCGGCUCAAUGCGUUGGUCGCGCGUUGCGAGAGAAAAGUGAUUACGGGAUAAUGGUUUUUGCAGAUAAGAGGUUUUCGAGAAGUGAUAAGCGGAGCAAACUUCCACGUUGGAUUCAGGAUCAUUUACUUCCGUCUAAUCUCAAUUUAAGCAUAGAUGAUACCGUACAGAUCUCUAAAAAAUAUUUCAGUGAAAUGGCGCAGCCGUUUACCAACGAAGACCAACUAGGCAUAUCACUUCUUACUGAGGAACAAAUCAGCAACGAAAGCACCAAACAGAAGCUCACCCACCAGGCAAUGGAUAUGGAAGUGAUGUGACC